CGGCUGACAUUCGGGGUGAACAGAAGAGGGGCUCGGCGCCCCCCGCGCGCACAUGUGCUAACCCAGGCAGGAGGGAGCGCCUUGGCGGAGGAGGCAAGGAAGAGGGGAGGGAGAGGCGCGCCAGAAUCUCGGUCCCGGGCGCCCUGGUCGGCCGCGGAGGAGCUGCAUCCUCCAACAGGAAGUUGGGCAUCUCUGACAUGCUCUCUGCUCUGCUCACUGACUGAAAGCUCCUGCAUCCCAGCUUAGCCAGGAAGCAAAGGUUGAAACAUCUCCCCAAGCCAGGCCAGGCAAGGGCUCUGCAUGCGAAUUCAGCCCUUGGCUAGGGCACAUUAACCAGAGCCGGCAGCAUGGACUUCGUCAUGAAGCAGGCCCUCGGAGGGGCCACCAAGGACAUGGGGAAGAUGCUGGGGGGAGAGGAGGAAAAGGACCCCGAUGCACAAAAGAAGGAGGAGGAGCGGCAGGAGGCGCUGAGGCAGCAGGAGGAAGAGCGCAAGGCCAAACAUGCGCGCAUGGAGGCUGAGCGCGAGAAGGUCCGGCAGCAGAUUCGCGACAAGUAUGGGCUGAAGAAGAAGGAGGAGAAAGAGGCAGAGGAGAAGGCAGCCCUCGAACAGCCCUGUGAGGGGAGCCUGACCCGGCCCAAGAAGGCUAUCCCUGCAGGCUGCGGGGAUGAGGACGAGGAGGAAGAAGAGAGCAUCCUGGACACGGUGCUCAAAUACCUGCCUGGGCCACUGCAAGACAUGUUCAAGAAGUAACCAGCCCUCCUGCCCCAUUCCCUCUCCACUUGUUACUUUUUUAUUUUAAUUUAUUUUGUUCUUUCUUUUCUUUUUAUUCAGUUAAGUCUCAAUUCUGAAGGGGAAAACCUCAGUUGGCCUCUGCCCCCCUUCCCUGGCCAGGGGCUCCUCCCCCUCAGCCCUCCCUUACACCCUCCUCCAUCCCCGGGUAGCCAUUCCCAUUCCACUCCCAAGCAGCUUGAAAAAAAAA